AUAUUAAAUGUUAUUUCUUCUUUUUUCUUCUUUUUUCUUAUGAGGAACAACACUUUGGGUUAUUUAUAUGAUACGAUUUAAACUUGGGUCUAGUUACAUGGAGGACAAAGACAACUUUGCAAUUUACUUUGUGCCUUGCCCGAUUCUGCUCUUCUUCUCCUUUCUUCCCGCUGCAGCCCAAAAAGGGUACCCGACAGCCUUCCUUGGAGAAACCGGAAGCUUCCAGAUCUGCUCUGCUCUUCCCUCUGCUGUCCGCCGGCUGCUCUUGUUGUGGGUGCGAAUUCUGGGCAUUUUUAGAAUUUUCCUUCCAUGCCGCCGGCUCUUCCCCAAAUUGCAGCUCCGGCCUUGCUUGCUGGAUUCUGGUAUGUGGCAGCCUUAAACCAUUGUUUUUAAGCUUGAUUAAGGUAGAAUUAGCUUGAUUAGUUUGCUGCCGUGUGAUGUCCGAAUUUGACAGAAAAUUGGGGAUAAUUCCGGUAGCUUUAGGAUGAGAUUUAAGCACUAAUUCAAGUGGGAUUUAUGUGAUUGAGUGUUAAUUGCUUGUUGUGAUUUUUGGAGAGAAAAUCCCGUUUCCGAUCGUUCUGUCAGUUAGCACUAAGAUUGAGUGCUCGGUUUUAUGCGAGUGAGGAAAUGAAACCGAGGACGAGGAAACCAUGGGAAGUGACGAGUUAGAAAGCUAACCAUUUUGAGAUUGAUAUAGGUUUUAGAAAUAAAUUAUGAUAUGUAAACCAAAGUGGAUUUGGAGAUUUUAUGAUAUUAAAUUUUAAAGAUUUGAUCUUCAGAUUUUGGUGGUAUCAAAGUAUGAUAUGAUAAGUUCCGAGCCUUGUACAUUUGUGGGACCCUCUCACAAGUGCACGGCGUCUGUCGCGCCUCAAAUUUGGGUUUUGGAGCGUGACAGUUCAACUAUGUUUCCUUCCUUUUUAGUUUUUAUUUUUGGUUUGUACUUUCCCAUUUUGUAAUAAGAAAUGCAUUUCUUUUCC